AUGGGAGGAGCGGGGCACAGCGUGCAUUUCUUGGACGCGUGCUUCCUCUGCCGGAAGCCGCUCGCCAGCAACCGCGACAUCUUCAUGUACAGAGGCGACACGGCGUUCUGCAGCGACGAGUGCAGGAGCGCGCAGAUUGCGGCGGACGAAGCGGCGGAGAGGAGGAAGGCCAGGGCCAAGGCGGUGACACAUGGGGCCCUGCCCGCCAAGGAAGCGGAAGGCCCACCACAGGAGCGCGGCAAGGUCCGGGCCGGGUCCAUCCAGGCCCUGUAA